CGCCGAGCACCGGCGAUGGACUCCGGCGAGGGAGGCGGGGUAGAAGGGUGGGAGGCGGUGGUGCGUGCGGAGGUAGGUGCCGUCUGGUGGGACGAUCCCGACGGCGCCGACCUCCGCGCCAGGUUCAAGGCCUUCACGGGGCAGCGCGGCGACUGGCCCGAGCCCAAGCUCCUCUUCUGGAAGGACCUCAUCCUCCGCGUAGCCCGCCGCCUCCGCCUCUGCUCUGCCCCAGCCCACCUCGUGACGAGCGUUUGGUUCGCCCUCCCGGGAGGCAUCACGCCGCUCUGCUUGCCGCAAGUCCUGGAAGAGAUGCGGGCCGAUGGGGAGAUCCUGCUGAAAUCCGAGCUAAUCGACCCGGCCGCAGGGAGCUUGUAUCAGAUUCUCUCGAGGCUGAGCCAGAUGGCUAUCUCGAAGCGCCCGAUUGCGCAGGAGGACAUCCUGGUGUUUAGAUCUUUGGUCGAGGAAAGGUUUGAGGACAUUGUUAGGCAGCUGAGUGGUUCCCAUUGGACAUCAGCGUGUGUUGUUACUAUUAGCAAAUUCAAUAGCUUCUUUGUCGACCGGGAGGAGGCUCAUGCAGCAUUAUGUUACUUGUCGCAGCGUGGGAAAGCACGGUAUCUUGUGGUCAGGAAGGAAGACCCUCUUGAGGGUGUGAAGUUUCCACUUGUGUCUGCUCAAGCUCCUGCUGUCUCAAAGCUUGACUCUGAUACCUUGCACUUAGUUUGGGCAGAAGAGAGAUUGCAGCAGCAGCUUGAUGUGCUUGAUCGCCGAUGGGAAAUUUCAAGGAGAAGAGCGUUGAUGUACUUCAAAGGCGGAAACAAAAAGGCCGCUUCUCGAUACGUGAGGCAGUCUAAAUUGGUAUCAGAAAGCAGGAACAAAUGCACAACUCUAUUAGAGAGGGUUGAAGAAGUUAUAAGCCUGGUUUCUGCUGCCGAAUCAACCAAACAGGUCCAUGAGGCAAUCCAAAUUGGUAUUAAGGCGAUGAAGGAGCAUGAUGUCAGCAUAGAGGAUAUUAACACCCACCUUAAGGAGGUCGAUGACCUUGUCGCAGCACAAAGAGAAAUUGAUGCUGCCUUAGAGUUGGUACCACUGCAGUCAUUGGCUGGUGAAGAAGAUAUAGAAGAACAAUUCAGAAACCUCGAAGCAGAAUUGCUGGAUAAGAUUCCAGAUGUGCAUGUUGAGGAACCAGAACCAGUUUUACAUGCAACUGAGGAUUCACCUGAUGAAACUGCUGAAUCACUUAGCGAUAACCUGUCAAAGAUUAAACUUGGGGCCAUCUAGAUGCUCCUUUUUUUCACUUGGUUAAUGUGGCAAUUAGUGAUUUAGUGAAAUCUUUUUGCCUACCAUUACGUGUUGUAUACCUUCUGGUGAUAUCCUAAUGAUAAGUGGUGAUUUCAUUGAAGACAUUUUCCUAAUAA